AAAUUAUUUUAUUGAUAAUUCCAAUUGACCGCAAGAAGGUUCUACUCAUGACCAGUGGAAUUUAUUGGCUGAGCGAUGUGAGAGGGAGAAUGAUCAGAUUCAGAGCGAAAGCUAGCUCCUGCUGCAGAAGCGCUCGGUCGAUUCUUCAGGACUGGUGUUUGAGGUCGAGGAGCGAUGCGUCAGAUAUUCAUGAUGGACUAGGGUGUUGAGCAGGCUUUUUCGUCUAACUGUUGUUCGGUAACAACAUGUGCACAGCAACAUAUAACUUCGAAUUAGAGAUCGCAUGUAGAAGCUAGAACGUGUGCACCACACCGUGGUCGUCGUUCCUGACGCCGCUGCCAUGUCCGACUCCUUUCCGUCAAACCCGAAAAGAGGCAGCGGGCCCCGUGCUUUUUCUUGGAUUUCCCGCGCCUUUGUCGCGGAAGGUGUUCGCAGAAUUUUAAGAAAAAUUUGCCACGCUUUACAGAAAUAAACCGAAAGCAAAACUUACCCAGAAUCUGAAGAAAAAUUUGCGGCGUUUCGCAGAAAAUCAAACGCAAGACUUUCUCAGACUUCGAAGAAAAAACUGCGGCGCUUCACAGAAAAUCGAAAGCAGUCCGCGGGGCAAUUUUGCGCGCAAAAGACGCGCGGCCCCCGGGCUUCUUUUUUUGUGUUCUUUGCGCUGGAAAAAAAAUUCAGAAAGCCCGCGCAUUUUUCUUGCAAUUUUUUCGCAAAAGCAGCGGAGUUUUUUGCUGUGUUUGUCCCUGGUUUUUACCGCGAAUUUCUGCAAAAACGAAGCAAAAUCUUCAAGCACCUAAAAAAAAGUGCGUUUUUUUGAACCGAAACACGACCUAUUUCCAUCGAUUUUUUGUUGAAAAGCGGCACUUUUUGCCGUUUUCGCUGUGACUGUGACACAAGAUUUCGUUUUCGUAGCUCCGCCGUCCCUGAAGCUGCGGUCUGCCACAUGUCCGACUCCUUUCCGUCAAACCCGAGCCAGCCCUAUCAAAUGUAAAAAUGUCUGGGUCUGGAAGAAUGCAACUUGUCAUGCUAAAUCUGAAGCAUGCGAAAAUCUGUGUUGCAUGAGUGCCAAAAGCUGUCCACUUUCGACAAAGUUGGGAGGGAGUUUCUCAUGCAGGAUAGGCAUCAGAGAGACCUCACAGACUCUGUCAUGCUAGGUCCCGCAUUCCAGACCUCAAAGGUCAUGGAAAGGCAGCACGACAAAUCACGAAUUCUUCCAGACCCAGACAUUUUUACAUUUGAUAAGCCCAUCACAACCCCCACUUCACACCAAGCCCUCGACCGCCGGCAAUCCCGCCCCUCGCUUGAUCGAAAGCAGUCCCGGGCCUCAGUUGACAGGCGGUUUUCGAAUUCCAAUUUGAAUGCCGCACUCGCCGGGAACACCGCGAUCAAUGCCGGCACGACAGUGGCGACGGCUACCACCAGUCCCGCACCGAGAAGGACCCUCGGCCGGGCGUUUUCGACGACCGAUGUACCGGUGAGUCGGAAGGGAAGCAACUUCUUUUCCGAUGGUGGACCUUCUGGGGGAGUGGAGGGAGGCGAUAUUGUUGGGGGGCUGGCAACUACGGGUAGCAAUGUGCCCGGCGGUGGACGAAGAAUUACCACGACUGCGGGAGGAGGACAGGCGAGGUACUGAAACAGCAAUCGCGUUGGAAAUCAUCGGGUUGUUCUUGUUUUUGCAAUGCAAACGUAAACCUGUGAUGUACGACCAUGCAGAUGAAUUUUUCAUGAUUGAAACACUGCCCCCUGCUCCUGCUCCAAACUCACUGUAUUACAUGAAAACCUCUCUCAGAACCCUCGGCCGCGCGCAGACCCUGGCUUUACCCGGCCGGGACCCGCUCGAAAGGUCCGGCUCAAUGGCGGAUACGAGCUAUCCAGGAAAAAAAAACCAUCACCAUCCAUUUUUUGCAUGACAAGAACUGCAAUUUAUGCACGUUUUGCAUGACAAAUUGGAUGGGGAUGCGUGUUUUUCCUGGAUACCAGCGGGGAUAAUUCCCCAACCGUCGAGGUUCCCGCGUCGGAUAGACGAAAAUCCUUUCUCGCCCCCACGCUUGGCGGCCUGCCCGGCUUAGAUAACGCCAGUAUGGAGACGUUGAUGCAGAUUCACCAACUACAGCAAAUCCAGCAAAUGCAGAAGAACAAAGUCUCAAACCAACAAACGGGUGCAGGGAAUGCUGGGUCGUCGCAUCACGGCGUGGAUUCGGUGGAUUUGAACUCGGACGACUUCGAUUACACAGGGAUCGUCGGGUAUGGGCAGGACGGGAAUUUGCUGCUAGAACCCUCGAAAUGGACGAAGUACAAGCUGUAUCUGUGGCUCUUCCUCGAGGAACCGUUCGUGAGUCCGGCAGCGAGUGUGGUACUUAUGUACUUCUGUAGCUAGUACAGGUGUUUGUCAUGCAGAGUUUGCAUUUUAUUCGACUAUGUUUGUCUUGCACGAAAUGCAUGCCGAGAUGUCGUCCGUGGCCAAGAUUAGACCAGAAACCGUACACCAGGUGUCCUACAUCAUCGUGAUCCUAAUUGGCCUCUCAUUCGCGAUGUCUGCGGCUGAACAGCAAUACCACAACUAUGCUCUGCAAAAGUAUCGUACUCGUACUAAUUGCAGUUAUGCAUGACAAAUCCUGUCUCUUAGCCAAAUCAGCAUUACAACCCCCAUUUCUCCUUCUGAGAAAAUUUGUAUUGCGAGUUUAUACUAGUACGAUGCUUUUGUAAUGCAUAACAACGGCGGCACCACCAUUGAUUUCGACGUCUUCUACAAAACACCGAAUUUCGGCACCUACGCGCGGUUUUUCAUCGUGCUGCUUUUCACUCUAUCAACUGUAAAAAUGUCUGGGUCUGGAACAUUCCGACACUUUUCAUGCACGUUUUGCAUGAGCCCUGAUGUCUGUGAUGCAUGCCCUAGCAUCACAGAUUUUUUCGGAGCUUCUUGAUGCCUAUUCCGCAUGACAAAUGCCCUCUCCGCGUAGCAAAAAUUACAUUGCUUUUGGUACUCAUGCAAUACAGAUUUUUUUGGAAUCCAAAUGCAGCAUGACAAGUUGCAUUCUUCCAGACACAGACACUUUUACAUUUGAUACACUCUAGAAGCUUGCCUCCGGUUUGCCAUCGCGCCGCAGCGGAAGCAGUUUUGGUUCCAGCCGAACAACGUCGCGGAUAUCAUUUCGGUUUUGCUAUCCUGUGCAAAAGUAUCGUACUCCCACUCGUAGUUGUAUAUUGCAAUCAUGCAUUACAAAUUUUUUCGUUUUCCCUAAGGUCAAUCUGCAUGACAAAUUCGAUUUCUCAACAUGGUGAGGAAAUUUGUAAUGCAAUUCAUGCUAGUUGUGCGAUGCUUUUGCUUUUGCUAUUCAUAUUUGCCCUACUGGUGCAACAACGUUUGCCAGCUCCACGAGAACCUUUCCGUCUACUUUCACGUGAUCAGCAUCUUCAGCAGCUUCUUCUGGCUCUUGAAGUUAACCCGCUACUUCUCCGGCUGGUUCUUACUCAGCCGAGCCUUAACGGACGCCGGAAGAGCCUUGAUGGUGCCCGUGUUUUUUCUCAUGAUCGUCGUCAUGUGUGGAAGCUCACUGUUGUAUCCAGGAAAAAAUACACAUUCUCAUCCAUUUUUGGCAUUACAAACACUGCAAAUUAUGCAUGUUUUGCAUGACAAAUUGGAUGGGGAUGGGUGUUUUUUCAUGGAUAUGCUGCUCCUCUUCGAGAAGGCGCAUGCGGAAAACACGCCCGCGCCGGUAAUUACUUCCACAACGGAUGAGGAGGAGCUUUGCCCGGAGUUGUCCGAUUGCGUCACGAUAGAUUCUCUCUUCAAGGCGAUUCACUACACGAUUGUGUCUGUCGUCUCCAUUCAGAUCACCGAGGUUUACGGGAAAGAUGUCGCGAGUAACGGGGGGAGAGUGUGGUCGGUGAUCAUGAUGUUUCUCGGUGUGAUCUUUCUCUCCAUGCCGAUCGCGAUCGUCGGCACCAGCUUUUCGAAAACGUGGUUUGAACAGGACAUUAUCAUAGUGGUCGAAAAAGUCCGGUCCAGAAUGCGGCAGCAGGGGUACACGACGGACGAUUUGCGGGAAGUCUUCAACGAACUAGACGAGGAUGGAUCCGGUUCGAUUGAGUUCAACGAAUUCAAACGGAUGCUGGAGGCGUUUCACUUUUUUGGGUCUUUGGCCACUUGUCGGAAGCUAUUCAACCACUUCGACUGCAACGGAACCGGGUCGAUUUCGUACCAGGAGUUUGUUUGCGGAAUUUUCCCCGAGAUCAUAGACGUAGAUGAAUUGCUGGAGUAUGAUGAGGAGUUGGAACAUAUCAGAGGAAAAAGUGGUAACGUAAACGGAAUUUGUGAUGUAGAAAAUGCAUCACAAAACGUGCCCAAGUUUGUCAUGCGUAGCAUGCAUACUAGGCAAAAUCUGUCAUGCAUAUUUGCAAUCUAUGGAAACCGUUAAUGUUACCGCUUUUUUGUUUGAUAGAACAGAUGGAGAACGCGAAAAACUCUUCGGGGUCGGCGACGGCAAGUCUUUUUUCCGGAGAAGAGGAAGAGGAUUGUUCCGACGAUUCCGAUUUCGACAGCAAUGAUGAAGACGAGGAGGGUGACAAAUCUGGAGGUUCUUCCGACAGCGCGUCAUUACCCUCUAGCAGCAACUCGUCGGGGGCGGGAGAGCAGCAGGGACGAGCUGCUGAGAAGAGGAAAAAGAGGAAAAAUAAACGGAGUAGAAGAUCAGGAACUACAGCUGGAGCUGGUCUAGGUCUAGGUGCAGGUAGUGUUAAUACCGGCAGUACGAGCAUGCCCGGCAAGAAAAAGACAACCUCGUCCUCGGGCGGUGUAACAUCUACAGGAAACAAUAAAGUCGUGAACUUCAACACAAAUCUCAACGUGACAAAAACCUUAAGCGCCGAAUCCGCCGCGCCGGGUUGGACGUCAAUGAUACCGACGAUCAACAUUUUCGGGCACACUGCACCGUCGGCGAACGGCAAUGCUAAUAAUGCGGCGAAUAGUAAUUCUGUUGCAACGACGAAUCAAAAUUUGACCACUUCUAUUAUGUCCACAGACAGCAAAGCGCUGGGCGGUGGUAUAGUUCCGGGAAUUACAGCUGGCAACGCAACCACGAUGAGUAGUACAACAGCUGCCCACUGCUCUGACUCCCUGGACCUCAAAAAGCACGCCUUUUCAUCCGUGACGAAGCAGUUUAGCACUGGGAAUAAUGCUGUCACAAAUCAGAUUUCCAGUGGAGGCGGUGUGGGAAGCAGCAAUUUCUCCUCCAUGAUCCACCACACAAAUUCCUCUCCAAAAAACGCGUUUUUGAAAAAGGGUUUUCAACGGUCCAGUACCAGUGGCAAUUUGGAAAUCGGCGGCUCAGGAGGCGCUUCUUUAACCGGCGGCGGAGCAGCCGGGGGGAUACACGGUGGUGGUCACCACGGCGGGUUUAACCAAGACCAUCACGGAGCAGGCGACAUUGGUAACGCUCACGUGAACAAGCAGGGCAGUCUUGGCCGCGGCGGAGGUCACCAGAACGUUGGAACAAGCGGUCCGCCUCGGUUUCAAAAUCAGUUCAUGGGCGGUGGAAUGAACCGCGGGUACGGGAACAUGGGGAUGUACGGCUACGGACCGGGAGGCGGUAUGGGGAUGAUGAGUCAACACGGGCAGUUUGGCGGGGGCGGGAGUAACAAUAUCGGCAUGAUGAACAACGACGGAGGAUCUGGAGGAGGCGGUUUCAAUAGCAACAGCAACAGCGGUCAUCCUCAUCUUCACAACAAUUCCACGCUCCAGCAACAACUGUCCGCGAAUAAACUACUAUGAGAGUCAGUGCACAACUCCCUCUCCCCCUCAUUUGUAUAGCAUGAACGGCAAUGCAAGCAUCUGCAAGAGUGCCGGUUUUGCAUGACAGAUUUGCACCGGAUUGUCGUGCUACUUGGGCUACCAGAACUUGUCAUGCAAACAGUACCAAGAGACAAUGCGUGGAUUGGGUAUUUUGCAUGACAAAUAAGGGGGAGGGGCGGGGGUUGUGCACUGUCAUAACUACAGGCGAAAGUGAGUCUGGUGGAAAACAAGUGCAAAUCGAUAGAAGAGGACAUGAAAAAAAUCUUGAAACACUGUCAGGCGCAGGCGAGUGAGAUUGCACGGUUGCAACAGAUGAACGUUGUGAUCAUGCGGACGCACUCGCCGACGCCCAGUCAGGGAAGUAACAGGAGUGGGAUUGUUUGUGCGUGAGUUUAUGGUGGAGUUGGUGACGAGAGUGAUUUUCUAUAGGCCAUGAGAGGCUGUUGACCGUUGCGAGAUGAUCACGUUCACGACAACGAAAUCGUCGGCGUGCACAGUGUUUUUCUUCAUAUGGGAAAGAUAUUAGUGAGUGUGAAUUUACUAGUUUUCAUUUUGCACAAAAAGAAAAAGCUCGUUUACAUGUCAGGUGCGAAAAAGAAUUGGGUUAGGCUUAGCGCAAAAUAUCGACACACACGAAAAGCAAACUUCGCUUCAUAAUGUGGAAAAAAAAAUAUAGAAGAAAGGUAUGGGCGACGACUUUGUAACCAACUUGGAAAAAGUUGAGUUGAAGUAUCUCUAUCUUUAUCUAUGGUGGAGCUGAUUACUAAGAAGAUGCUUACGCAGUUGUGAAAAAGCUACAGACGUCAAGAUGUAGUUGUACAGAACUGCACAUACAAGCAAUUUCAUCAAACUCGGCCGAGCAGCAGGCUCGCAAAUCUGCUUGCUUGUUGCGCCUGACAGUCUUGCUCAUCAAGAUCAAAAUAAACAUGAACUAACUAAUAUCAGUGUUUGCUAAACCCGAAGGGAAGUGGAAAACGAGACAGCGAGCGCUACUACUAGUCAAGGGGCCAUACGCAGUCCUGCAGCACGAAGGUAAGUGCACAUAACUGAGCAGAAGCCAAAAACUGCCUUGAGAGAGUUUGAAGUUGAGAAGUGAGCGUAAAAGCGAAGGGAAAAAGGAAACAAGGCACAACAAACAAAACAUUAUGGCCCACCACUUGAAAAAUUAUGCGAGUUUCUUGACAUUGUUAGCAAACCCACGACCGAGGCAACAAGGAGGGCGCACGCGGCGAGUGCCUUCGUCAUUCGCCUCGGCUGCCUGUGCCAGGGAGGAGUCUCCGCGGCCGGCAUUCGUGGUUAAUUCGCCCCCCCCCCCCUUUUGCGUCUUGCGGGCGCCUUUUCCAG